GAGCCAGAGGUCCAUGACCUUACAGAUCCAGCAAUUCAGAACCUUACUUAUCCAGCAGUUCAGCACAUUACAGAACUAGCUACAGCUAGCAUUACAGAGCCCUCUAUACAUAACGUUACAGAUCCUUCAACACACAACGUUACAGAGCCUUCUAUACAUAACCCUAUAGAGCCUUCUAUACAUAACGUUACAAAGCCUUCUAUACAUAACGUUACAAAGCCUUCUAUACGUUACAAAGCCUUCUAUACAUAA